AUGGCGAAGCGCCGUGAAGUUGCCGAUGAUAGCGAUGUAUACGUGUUGGAGUUUCAAAAGAACUACUCUGACACUACCCGACAAUCCCUGAUUGUUUCAGACGAAGUGCCUGACAGCACUUUACUAUGGCGCAAUAUGGUGAUGUUCACACUUCUCAAAAUCAUUGGUUCGUACGAUUCAGGGGCCUUCAGUGCUGCUGUUGGAGCUGAAAAUGGCAUUGCUGAUGAAUGGGGUCUCACGAAUUUGGAGCAAGGAGCGCUUAGCGCAAGCGUAUUUUUGGGAUGUAUGGUUGGCUGCCCGCUGGCGGGUCAUCUCUUUUCUCAGUACAGCGCAAAAAUCGUACUAAUUCGAGUGCUCGUCCUUCACAUAUUUUUUACCUUCUGCUUCGCGACUGUUACGGUGUAUGUCAUCUCCAUGGUGUCGCGGUUUCUCAUAGGUGUAACGUUAUCGUUCAUUUUCGUAUAUGUUCCCGUAUGGGUUGAUGACUUCGCCCCGCGCGACCGGCAGUCCGUUUGGAUGGCGUUGCACAAUGCAGGAGUACCCGUGGGUGUUCUUGGCGGAUAUCUGUGCGGUGCCAUCCUUCCUUCAUACACACGGAUAAGCUGGGAGUGGGCUUUUUACUCCAAGUGCAUCUUUACCGUUCCGGUGAUUGUAUAUUUCUUACGUGUCGAUCACCGAUCUGUUGACAGAAACAGCAGCAGGAAGAGUAACGUUCAAGGAUCGCUAGGCAUCGGGCACGGAGGGAACGGUUUGCCAACCAACGGUACAGAAUCGGCAGUGAGACGGGGAAACGAAAAUGUGUUUGACAGGUCAAGCGGGGCCAGAAAUCUCGUUAGUUCGGCAUGUGAUGCCGUACUGCAUAUAUGGAAGACCGCAGCUGUGCUCCUUGGUAACAUUGAGUACACUUGCAGCGUACUUGCUAUGUGCUCCCUCUACUUUGUUGUAUCGGGUUUACAAAACUUCAUGACACAGUACCUUCACGCGGAGCCUUUCAAUGCUUCCAUGAAAACCAUCAUGGUUGGCUUCGGUACGGCGAUUGUGGCAUCUCCCAUCGGCGGUGUGAUCACCGGCGGUGUGCUUCUCGAUCGACUUGGGGGUUACCAACAAAACACGCGGCGGGUUAUGAUAUUCACCACCGCAUGGGGUGCCGGGGCCGCUUUUUUCAGUGUCUUAUGUAUUUUCGCUGGAAGCACCAGCGCACUUCUUGUGCUCAUGUCGCUGAUGCUUUUCUGCGGUGGGGCAGUUGUGCCAUCUGGAAGCGGCCGAGUGAUGGCUUCCCUUCCCGAUACCCAACGACCCGCAGGUGCCGCGCUUGCACAGAUGGUGUACAACUUAGUUGGGAACUUCAGCGGCCCACUGGUGUGUGGUUCCAUCGCACAGUGGAUGGGCGACCUGAAGUAUGGCAUCCGCGCCGUGUUCUGCUGCAGCGUCAUAGGGCUCGUUCCCAUGGUGAUACUCCUAUUCGCAGCUGACAGGCACCCCAGCGGUGUAUGUGCUAUGUCAAGUUGCGGCCCCGUUAGCACUGUGGUGGAGGAGCGGUUGGAGGUAAAAAGCAGUGGCGUUGUUGUAGAAAAUGGGAAUGAUGACACUGUGGAUGCCAAGUAG